UCUCUGUGUUUGGAGACUUUGGAGGCUCCGUUUUUCUCCAUGCGUUGAUUUGCAGAAGCAGCUUUUCUUUUCUUUUCCUGCAGCACAGAUGUUUCCAGUUUGACCUCCUCCUCCUCCUCGGUCUGCCUCGUCUGGAUGCACGGCGGACAGAGACAAACAUGACGGACACACUGAUAUGAGUGAUACACGCAAUCCAAGUUUAUUUUCCCCUAAAGGAACCUUUAAGCCAGGGAGAGCACAACAACGCAUGCCUGAUCCCCAGUAAACAGCUGGGACGUGUUUUUAUAGACAAACCAUCGCGCUCGAGGUGCGACUCAACAAUGCAGCUGAGAGGAGGAAAGAGAACCACUGCAUUCCUUCACCAGAUCCUGCAGAGUGAUCUGCAAAUCCAAAUCCAGCGUCUCCAAGCUCCAGGUGUCGGUUCCAGGUAAAGCUUCCAAUGCAUUCGUGCUCUAACUUAAGCCUUCAGAAGAUGUUGAGGAAGAUGAUGACGAUGAGGAGGAUCCUCCACAUGAAGGGAGAUGUGAUGUGCACAGUGCUGCUCCUGGUGCUGUUCUGUCUGCUGCUCUACAUCCACCAGGUUGUGCUCUCCUCUGGAUGGAACAAACCGAUGUGGAAGCUGGAGAUUUACGGUUCUACCAGCUCCAGCCGGACCCUGCUGAGAGCCAGCGGUUCUAAAGUGAGCCAGCAGUCCCAAGAGUUCCCAUCCAGCCACCCGCAGCCACAGCUGCCUCCCUGUCAGCCUCAACCCAAGUCUAAAGCUGCUCAGCCCAAAUCCAGACCUCAGUCCAAGUCCAAGAGCAAAUCCAAGCUUCGGAAGAAGAACGUGACGCCGACCAAGGCUCCGGGCAACCCGCUGCCGACGAUGCCGCCAUUUGACUUUGAGCGCUAUCUGAGAGAAAAGGACAACAGAAACUUCAAGCUGCUCAUAGACCAGCCGGAGAAAUGUCACGUUGGAGGUGCAGAGGAGGAAGAAGGAGGCUCCAGGAAAGCUCCCUACAUGCUCAUCGCAGUCAAAUCGGUGGCUGCAGACUUCGAUAAGCGGCAGGUGGUCCGUCGGACAUGGGGUAAGGAGGGCCACUUCCAGAACGGCGUGUCCAUCCGUACGGUUUUCCUGCUGGGCGUUCCCAGGAAUCGGUCCGCUCUGCCCCUGUGGGAUCGACUCCUGGGCUACGAGAGCCAGACCUUUCGGGACAUCCUGCUCUGGGACUUCGAGGACACCUUCUUCAACCUGACUCUAAAGGAAACUCACUUUCUGGAAUGGGUCAACAGCAGCUGUCCUCAUGUCAAGUUCAUCUUCAAAGGUGACGCUGACGUGUAUGUUAACGUGGAAAACAUCCUGGAGAUGCUGCGGGGUCAGAAGCCAGAUGAGGAUCUGUUUGUCGGCGAUAUUAUCAUCCACGCUAAGCCCAUUCGCCGGCGCACCUCCAAGUACUACGUGCCAGAGUUUGUAUACGGAGGCGGUUUGUACCCGAACUACGCUGGAGGAGGAGGGUUCGUUAUGUCCGGACACACAGCUCGGAGGCUCAGCUCCGCCUGCCAGCAGGUGGAGGUUUUCCCAAUCGAUGACGUCUUCCUGGGAAUGUGCCUCCAGCUGAUCGGCGUCAAACCAUCGCGCCAUCAGGGCUUUCGGACCUUCGGCAUCCCCCGACCCUCUGCGGCGCCUCACCUCCAGACGUUUGACCCCUGCUUCUACAGAGAGCUCAUGGUGGUCCACAGCCUCAGCGUCCCUCAGAUCUGGCUGAUGUGGAACCUCCUGCACGACCCCAAACUGAGCUGCCACAACAGGACCGGCCCCACGGCCGGGCCCUUUAAAUGGAGGGGGAGGAUGGGUGGGAUGGUGGGAGAGGAGGCGGACUACGGCGGGAAGCAGGUGUUUGUCACACAUUAGUGGUUUUCUCCAGGGCCGAGCAGGAUAUUUAUGAGACUUGGCAAGUCCAAAGUGGUCGUAUUUCAGGGUCUGUGGCCAGUCUUCAAAAGCAUGGUUGAGUCAUACGUGACUUUAUCUAAGCUGGCAGAUCGUCUCGGGGAAAUGAACUGGCAGAAAUGUGCUUCAGAUUAUUCAGUAAGGAAGCCCGGACAGUUUAUCCGUCUGCCAUCGGGGCCACAUCUGUGCAGCAGCAUUUCUGAUUUCAAAUAAGGCUGAGAGAUGAGUUUUUGAACGUGAUCAACAGAAUGUGUUGUGUUCCGGUUGUUUACAGAGAGAUCAGCGAGGACGACGUCACAAAGCACAGUGAUUCUGAUUCUGACAGCGUGGCUAGCUGGUUUAGCCUCGUUCAACAUGUGUGUUAGGAGACAAUCGAGACGAUUCGGGUUGUGAAUGGCGAGCACAGAUGUUCCUCUCUUCCUUGUUAUGCUGGAUAAAAGCACAAAUGGACAGUCGCAUUAUCUGUUCCCUGGGGGAACAACAAAUGAAGUCUAAACGGAAACCAUCUGUGCAGUGGGAAGCGACUGGACCGGGUCGAACACACGCCACACAUGCACAGACACUCAAACCUCGGCAGAAUGUUGGACUUUCAUGUGAACGGCUUGGUCGUGCUUUGAUUUGAUUUAUUUGAUGUAAUUUCAAGUCUUUUUCUCGAAACCUCCUCAUAUCUUCACCCUCGUCUGUCAUCACAGCCUCGGUCCUCGUUGAGCUGCUGCAUUCACAUGAAGCUCCAUCCCGCCACAUUCAGACUGAUCCUGUUUGUUUCUGUUAGAAUGACUGUUGAACAGCGUCAUGUUCUCUGGACCAGAACUGCUGGAGCCGAUGUCCGCUGUGUUGCUCAGUGACUGGAUUGCCAUUACAUCUGAUGCUGAGAGGGUUUACAUUUGGAUUAUCUUGUGAUUUUUUCCCCCAUAAGCACCACACUGAGGACUCUGUGGUUAACACAAUAAUAACUGGAACCCUGAUACUGAAUUUUGUCAAAUCAUUAGGUCAAACUUUGGACUUUUUAUGAUUAAAUACUUGCAAAACA